AUGUCUCAUGAAAUAAAACCACAUUUUGGUUUUGAAUUGUUUGAUAAUUAUACUGAUAUUCAAAGACAGUUGGAAAAAAAUACACCUGCAGAUGUCAUUAAAACGAUGGAAGAUAAAGAAAAUAAUCAAGUUAUUAGUUAUAUUCCAUGGUGGACAAUUGUAGAAAUGGCAAAUAAUAUAUUUGGUGAUGAUGGUUGGUCAAACUAUAUUACUUCAUUCUCUAUAGAUUCAAUAGAAUAUGAAAAUGGUCAGUUUGAAGUUACUUCUUCUGCUCAAGUAAAAAUAGAACUGAAAGAUGGGACUUCACAUGAAGAUAUUGGUGUUGCAACGUCAUAUGAUAAGGACCGUGGAGUUGCUUGUCAGAUGUCUAAGAAAAUGGCCAUUGGAGAUGGAAUUAAACGAGCGUUUAGAUUGUUUGGAAAUAAUUUAGGAAAUAACCUUGAAAGAAAAAGAAAUAUUUCAAACAAAGAAAACACCAAAAAUAUUUCAAACAAAGAAAAUGCUAAAAGUAUUUCCUUAUUAUCAAAGAAAGAAAAUGAGACAAAACCUAAGCGUACACAACCUACGCCAAUAGUAAUAAUUAGACGUAAGAAAUAA